UGAGACAAAAAAUUUUAGUAUAGUUUAGUGUAGUGACAAAAGUAAGCCUCAUAUAGCUAUGCUGUAAUUUGUUUAUGUAUGUCUUCCUUUCGUGUCUGUUGUCAUUGAAUACAUUUGGAAAAAUAUAUAAUUCAAAUUGGGUUAUAUCUAUGUUCAAUUAUCUGUAACGAUUCCUUCCGAUCUUCCGAUUUCAAAUUAUGAUAUAAAAGAUACUAGUCUAUGGAAGAAUGAAAACUUGUAUAUCAAUUAGAGAAUUUCUAUUUCUGGGAUAAGUGUUAUUACUCUAAUGCAAAAUAAUGAAUAAUCUUUCUGGACAAUUCCGCAAGACAACAUGGGAUCCUAUUCUCAUAAUUUCCCAAAUAAUUGCUGUGCAAACUAUUUUGUAUCUCUGCCUUGGACUCUGGAUUUGGAUUGUUGCAUCAUUAUUGGGUUGGACAAAAUCAUUAGAUUAUGUCUUUCAAUAUAAAGAGAUACAUGUUCGUGAUUUUGGAGGACAAUUAGUUAUCGUUAUGUUUGUUUUAAAUGCACUUGUAGGUGCAUUUACAUUAUGGUGGCUAGUGCAAAGAACAAAAUUAUGCAUGGAUUUUGCAUGUACAGCCCAUUGGAUUCAUCUGAUUUGUUGUUGGGUGUACAAUGGAACUUAUCCGACAUCUUUUAGCUGGUGGUGUUUAAAUCUUGUAUCAUUAAGUAUAAUGUGUGUCUGCGGAGAAUUUCUAUGUAUGAGAACAGAACUGCAAGCGAUACCUUUAAGUAUGAACAGUCAAAAAACAGCCUUAUGAGAUGAAAAUGCAGAUAAUAUUUGUAAGAUAAAAAUCAUAAAAUUUAAAUAUUCAAUAAAUAUAUAUACUAUCG